GUUGGAGCCGACUACAAAAAUUAGAGGGUAACAAUGGAGACUUCAGGAGAUCAUUUAAAGCAGAUGGUGAAAACCUUCAGGAGAGAGUGCCACAGGAUUUUACAGUCAGAGAGGACCACCAUUCAUGGAGCUGAUAGCAUGCUGAUGGUGCUGCAGCUGGCCAUGGCAGAAGUAAAUAAACAGCAAAGCGGAGAGUUCAAAGUGGAUCUGAGUGAUGUCCUGAUGGCCUGGAAACACUUACUGUUACACAAACUUCACCUGCCACCCCCCAACUCUGCACGCCUGGAGAACUAUGAUCUCAUCCUGGAAGCAUACGAAUCCUUCCUCAAGCGCUCCAACUCUGUGGACCUGGUUGAUAUCCUCUCCAUGUAUAAACAGCUGAGAGUAGACUUGGACCCAGACAAGCCUGUGAGCCAGAUCCAGCUGUUUGAAUUCUUAUCAGGCAACACAGAGAUCUUAGAAGUACCUGACCCCUCAGUCCCGUCAACACCGUCUGCUAGAGACAGGCCCUGCAGCUCACAGGUGAAAAUGGCAGUGAGAAGGGUUUUCUGCUCCUAUCUGACUUUGCUCGUGAACUCCAAGAAUGACAUGGCCGUGGCGCUGACUCUAGACGUCCCCAGUCGCGAACUCGGACGACAGACAUUUACAGACUUAAAGCACGCUUCACUUAACAACAAUACUUCCCUCUUCUUGGCUGUGACAUCUUUUGUGAGGGCCAUCCAGCUCGGAGGGAAGGGCUACGCUCCAGCUCAGUCUGACCCACUGAGGAAACAUGUCAAAGGCCUGUCUGACUUUGUCCAGUUUCUAGACAACCUGGAGGAAAUACUGGGGGAGAUUCCUGACCCAAGCGUCUGUGGAGCCAGGCUGGUGACCGCCAUCAGGACAGCGCUGGUGAAGGGACGCAGCAGUGGGGAUCCAGUGUGUGCUGCAGCUGAAGAGACUGCAAAGGAGCUGAAGGAGAGGAUCUGCCAGAUCCACCAGAUCCAGAAUCAGACUGCUAAUGAAGGCAGGACGGGGAUAAGCCCUGCCAGGCCAAAGGCUUACGCGGUGAAUCACUCCACUGCAUUCGGAGGUCGGGACACCAUCAAGGUCCUCAUGGCGCUACUGGAUGAAGAAGCCUUGACUCCUCCGUGUAAGAACAAGGCAGACCUGCUGGGUGAGGACCAGCCCGUCCUCAGUGGAACUGAGGGGACGUGUGUCCUAAUGUUGUUCAGAUCCCCUGAAGUGUCUACUGGAUGUUCUCCAGAACCCCUAAAGAACCGAGUCCAGAGCCGGCUAGACCUGCUCAAACCCAAGGCUAAAGCACGAGUCAUCCGAUCCCAGUUUGCCUGCACAUACAAAGAUGAAGAACUGCCACUCAGCCGUGUGCUGGAGUUCCCCAGCAGCAGCCAGGUCCCUACCUGUGUGCACCCAGCACCCAAACACAAAACCACCCCAGGUGUGGAGGAGGAGGAGGAGGAGGAGGUGGAGGAGGAAACAGCCACAGCCAAAUCAACCUUUGAAUGUCCAAGAAAGCAGAAAGAGCAGAGCAUUGCACAGCAAGGGGCUGCUUUCGGGGCAAGAAGUGGAAAUGCCCAGAACAGAGGUGCAGGCCCGGGAAACAGAAAGAAAAGUGGAAAAAGUCAGACACACAGCAGCAAGGGCAACAAGAGGAAGCAGGUGGAUUCUGACCAACAUGUAGGAGCAGAAAAUGAGCCUCCAGAGAAAAAACAGCCCACAAGUGUCCCAAAUAAAAUGCCUGUAAAGAAUGUCAGCAAGGGCGUGAGUAAGAAGAAGCUGAUAGCCGGACAGGGGAAGUUAACCAGCUUUUUCCGACUCUGAUCGCACUGGUUUCAUGACGGUAUAUGGACUUCCUGUUGAAGCAGCUGUGUAUUGUUCAGCUCAUUUCUCCCAGUAGCAAAAAUGGUUUGUACAUAGUGUGUAAAUGUUCCAGUUAGGGCUAAAGCUAGUAUUUUUUUAUCAUAUUUUUUUAUCUACUUAAUCAGUCGACUGUUAAUCAACUGAAUCUUGGAAAGAUUGGUUCACAAAAUGUUUGAACUAUUCCUUUAAUUAUUGGUCUAAACAAUGUCAAGAGGAAGUUGAAAAAUAUCCUUUGUGAAUUCCCAGAGUCCCAUGUUAUGUCUCCAAGUCAACUGUUUUGAUCAACCACCCAAAAUCUAAAUAUAUCCAAAAUACAGAGAACGGGGAGGAGCUGCUGUUUCACAUUUGAGAGGCGGGAACCAGCAGAUACUUGGCGUUUUUGCUUGAAACAUGACAUAAACUGUUGUUGAUUAAUCGUCUGUCUAUUGACCAAGAAAUUAAUCAUUUCCACAUCAGUUUAAGUCUUGUUUUUUGUAAAAAAUGUGGUGCAUAUAAGCUUCAACUAUGCUCUUG